AUGGCCUCAAACGUCACAUUAGAAAAUCUCUCCAGUCUCCUGGCAGACGAUAUCAAAGUCAAAGUCGCUGGCAUUGACUGCGAUGGCAUCCUCCGCGGCAAAGUCAUGUCCAAGGAGAAAUUCCUGGGCAUUGCGGAAAAAGGAUUCGGGUUCAGCUCUGCAGUUUUCGGCUGGGACAUGCAGGAUGUCCUCUACACGACCGAUGCGAAUGUCGCGCCCAAGGAUUCUGGGUAUGUGGACUUUAUCGCGGUCCCCGAUUUGAGCACAUUCAGGAGAAUACCAUGGGAGGAUGACAUCCCCUUUUUCUUGGUGCGGUUUAUUCAGAACGGCCAGACUAUCUCUGCAGAUGGCCGGAAUAUGCUCAAAUCGAUAUGCGAUAAGCUCGCAGCAGAGAAUUGCAAAGGAAUGGCAGGUGUGGAAUUGGAGUUCAUGAAUUUUCAAACCCCUUCCGAAGACGGAUACAGCAAUGGCUCGCAAACCCAGAACAUUGCAGCCUUCCUCGAAAAAAAACACCCCUGGAUCUCUGCGCCCUAUAACUGCAGGCAGUUUCUCUUACAGCGCAACUCGACCGGUGGCGGUUGGCAUACCGAGGGAGGACCGGGCGUAUACGAAGCAGCCCUCAAAGUAUGCGAUGUUCGCGAAAUGGCCGACAGAACAUCUUUGUUCAAGCUUGUGGCAAAGUCAAUAGGCAUCGAGCACGGCAUCACGCCCUGUUUCAUGGCCAAGCCGAUCCAAGGUCAACCAGGCAGCUCCGGCCACAUCCACGUUUCGCUUUGCGAUCUUGACGGCAAGAACCUAUUUGCUCGAGAGACUCCGGACGACAACGCGCCAUGGCCUGAUGCUGUCGGGCUGUCGGAUCUGGGCCGCCAAUUCCUCGCUGGUAUUCUGGAGGCGCUGCCAGACAUCAUGCCUCUAUUCGCACCGACCGUUAACUCUUACAAACGGCUAGUGGAGAACUUCUGGGCGCCCGUGAAUGUCAGCUGGGGCCUAGAAGACCGAAUGGCCUCGAUCCGUCUCAUCACACCCCCGGUAUGCAAGCCUGGCGCGACGCGAUUCGAGGUCCGUAUUCCCGGCGCGGACUUGCAUCCCCACUACGCACUCAGUGUGAUUCUCGCCGCUGGCUGGCGUGGUGUACAGAAGAAGUUGGAGAUUAAGGUGCCUCCUGUGUCAGCUAUGAAGAAGGAUAACACGCGUCCAGAGCUACUGCCAAAUACUCUGGAAGAAGCUCUGAAGCGGUUCAACGCAGCGGAUAGCAUUGCACGCGAGAUCCUGGAUGGGGAAUUUGUGGACUUCUUCACUGCAACUCGUGAGCAUGAGUUGCGAGUGUGGAGAGAGGCCGUGACCGAUUGGGAGUUUAAGCGGUACAUUGAGACGGUGUAA